UGCGAACGAGCGCACACACUACUGAGAACGGAGCCCAGACCAGAGCAAUCAGAGCCCCGGCCGAAAGCAACCGAUCGGCUCUCGCGAGUCGCGACGGCGUGACAACACAAGAGGCCGGGGCGCCUGUCGAUCGAUCCUUCCUUUAUAUCCCCCCAGCGGCUGCCCAGACGAGCGAGGCUAGCUUUAGAGGAGACAGAAGAGGAGAGAGCCAUCACGACAACUAACCCCAGCUGCCACCCGCCACCGUGCCGGUUACAUGGGUGGCCGUGGCCGGAAGGCGGUCGUCACCGGGUUCUACGUCUGGGGCUGGGAGUUCCUCACCGCCCUCCUCCUCUUCUCCGCCUCCUCCUCCUAGCUAGCUAGCAAGCUAACCUGUCGCCGGCCGGUAAUUAUACCACCCAGCAGUAUUAAGCCAGUAACUAGUUGAAAUUAAGCAGUUAAUUAGGUGAUAGACGAUCGAUGGCCGGGGCGGCAGCGGCGCAGCAGAAGAGAGGAGGUGGCGGGAGGGGAUCGGCUGGCAGCGGUGGUGGUGGGCCGGCGCCGUUCCUGACGAAGACGCACCAGAUGGUGGAGGAGCGCGGGACGGACGAGGUGAUCUCUUGGGGGGAGGAAGGCCGGUCGUUCGUGGUGUGGAAGCCCGUGGAGCUCGCCCGCGACCUCCUCCCGCUGCACUUCAAGCACUGCAACUUCUCCUCCUUCGUCCGCCAGCUCAACACCUACGGUUUUCGUAAGGUGGUGCCUGACCGAUGGGAGUUCGCGAACGAAAACUUCCGGAGAGGCGAGCAAAGCCUGCUCUCCGGCAUCCGUCGCCGGAAGGCGGCGGCGACGACGACGACUCCCCAGUCCUCUAAAUCCUGCGGCAGCGGCGGCGGCGUAAACGUCGCGUUCCCUCCGCCACUACCGCACACUCUGCCUCCCGCGUCUGCCAGCACGUCCGGCAACGACCACAGCUCUUCGUCGGGGGCGUCCUCGCCGUCACGUCACCCGGACCUCGCCAGCGAUAACCAGCGGCUCAGGAAGGCCAACCACACGCUGGCCCUGGAGCUGGCCCUGGCGCGGCGACGCUGCGAGGAGCUCCUCGGCUUCCUCUCCCGCUUCCUCGACGUUCGCCAGCUCGACCUCCGGCUGCUGAUGCACGAUGAAGACAUGAUGCAGGGCGCGGUCGCCCGCGAAAGGUGCCAAGAGCGGCAGGCCGGGUGCGAGGAGAAGACCGUGAAGCUGUUCGGCGUGCUCCUUAAGGACGCGCCGGCGAGGAAGAGGGCGCGGUGCGACGAGGCAGCGGCCAGCGAGCGGGCGUCCAUCAAGAUGAUCAGGAUGGGUGAGCCAUGGGUCGGCGUGCCUGUGCCACCCGCCGGUCCGGCGCGAUGAGGCGCGCACGUGCUCUGAUUGUGUGCACGCAUGAGUGGCUACGUUGAUGGUAAGAACACGGUUUGCAUCAACGUUGUGCUUAAUUAGGCAAACUAAGAGAAGUAAACUAGGGAGUAAGGACACAAGAGUUCCAAACAUAAUUGAGUUAUGGGAAAGUAGGAAAAUUGGAAGACGAAGAGCGCGGAGGAGCUCAUGCUGAUCGAAGCGGCGCAGCUGCUGGCGCUUGCUCUGUGUUGUUCCGAACUUCCGAUUAUACACAUAAUAAAGGUCUGGAGAGUAUAAUGCUAGCUAGUUCGACGAGGUGUGAGCAAAAUUGAUCAUGUAGUUUCAUGGUGAAAUACAUACUUAUUUGUUUUCUGUGUGCCGAUCGAACUCAGUGAUGUGGCAGUUGAUGUUUGCUACACUACUCACUAGGAUGUGACAGUGUACUAAUUCCGUCAUGUCGUCCGAGAAUAAAAAAGAAAUGAACUUCUCCUUCUCUGGGA